ACAGAUGGAACAUAUAAAUGAGAUCGGUGAACACGACAGUUCAUUACCAGAAAGUGUUGAGAGAAUUAAUAAACGUCUCUCGAGGUCUUUAAGUAUCGAAGAAGCAUUUAACCGUUCGAAAAAAGAAUUUAAGAGUGGAAUAAGUGCCGAGUGUAAGGUUGUGACCUUACCGACAUUAGUUGACGAAACUUUGAAAGAAGAGGACAGUGUGAAGGAAGUGAAAGAAAUGGCACAAGAGAAGAGCUUUACAGAAAAGAAAAUGGAGAGAUUGGGCGCACACGAAGCGGGUAUAGGCCAUGAAGUAGUGGUCGACCGGACUCUGAAAGCCCCGCCGUGCGUUUACGUUACACAAAAUAGUGUGAACGAAGACAGGGAAGUGGAGCGUAGCAAAUUGCUUGUGAAUCGCACAAGUCCAGUUGUGAACCUUAAACAGGAUCCGUUUAAAGCACAAUUUUAUCGAAGUUUUUCAAAACAGGUGUCAAUGCUCGAAGAUCAAAAUGGCAAUAAAGAUGGCGAUUCGAUGUACAAACAACCACAUGUUGCACCGAAAGACAACGUGGAAACGAGCGUUGCGAUAGAAAUUGAAUCUUGCUCGAAAACUUUAGCUUCCAAAGCUUCUUCGACCCAAUCGGUUACUGGCGGCCAUGCGGAAUUGACAUGGAGGCGUAUGCUUCCCUUUAUGAUAGUAUCUGUUCUGCUGUCAUGUGUCCUCAUUGGAAUUCCACUGGCAGUUUUAGAGGUGCAUAGAAUCCUCUCCUCAGAGCCUCCGGUCAAUGAUACAAAGUCGGAGCCGGAUUCCCAGAAGCACUGGCAUGAAAGCUAUACGGACAAUGCAGAACAUGUCAGACCAAUCGAACGAUUUGUCCUCGAUCAGCAGUUCUUAAAAGAGGAAGGCAAAGUGCGAUGGAAGGAGUCGGAGCAGACAGCUAGGUCCAGCGUGAAGCCGAGCCAGAACGAAUCCUGUGUAGUGGUGCCGGAAGCCGGACGCUACAUGGUCUACUCACAGAUUACUUUCGCAUUUGAUGGGCUGACGGACCGCUCCGAGGUGGCGCACAGCGUCAACGUGCGGAGUGGCACUGACGUUAACAUGGUGCAGAAAAAAUUGAUCGCCGUCCCUUACAGAGACCCCAAACUUCCGAGGCGCCAGCAGACCAUGGAGCCAAGUAAUCUCAUAACCUCCGCUAAGGUGGAGGCCCAUGACCGGAUAUGUAUAGAGGUCAGCCCGGCGAAUCUUGUGUACGUGUCACAGGUAGACAACGCACUUAUGGUGGCAAAAGUAGAGUGAACGGAGGUUUUGCUUGGCAUCGAACCGAUGCCCGUUAUCCGUAUACACGGGAUAAAAUGGGACCUUAUCCAGUAGCAAGAUGGACAAAUUCCGCAUAUAAAAUGAUAAGACGUACCAAGUUAUACGCGCAUAAAGGGGAAGCUGGACAAAUUCCGCAUUUCAUCUGACAAGACGUUUCAAGUUAUAUGCUCAAGAGGGGAAGGUGGACAGAUUCCGCAAGUAAACUGAUAAGACGUAAGUGUUACGCUCAAAAAGAGUUGAUGAGGUCAUAAUUAGGGAUUAUGUAUGGCCACACGUUAUUUCGAAUUAUUGUUAUUUUUUAAUAACAAAUUACUGAUAUGUUUAUUUGAAAUGCUUAAGAAAAUAGUUAUAUAUGUGUACAUAUUUAUACAUACCUCCUCAUAUGAGGAAAUACAGACUUUGAUUUGAUUUGAUUUACAUGGUUAUAAGUGUUAUCACGGUAUUUGUUUGUUUUUUGAUACCGUCCAUAUUGCAUUGUAUGACUUGCAUUGAAUGUCAUGAAAUUAUGAAAACAUGGGUCAUAUUGACCUAAUCCAAACAUGUAAGUUGUAUAUAUUUAUACGGAAUUAUUUAAGUUAUUCUUUUGUGAUCUUUUCGACUGAAAUAUUUUUCGUUAGAGAUUAAGUUUGAAUAUACAUUUAUUUUAAAUACACUGUGAUAUACAUGGGCACAUUUUUGUGCUUAUUUCCAUAAUAUAAUACCACUGAUCAAAUUACCGUAAAUGGCAAGAAAAAUAGUUCAACGACGUGUGAAAAUAUGUCUUGACGAUUUGACGUUACGUCAAGGCGUGGCGACUUUAAAGGCCUAGCUAAAUCCUUCUAUAAGUGACCCCCCCCCCCAAAAAAAAAAAAAAAAAAUCAAAAAUAAAUAAAUAAAAAAUGUGUAUAGAAAACGACCUCUGUGUAUUGAUCUUAAUCUAAAUGCCUAAUUGUCUUAUCAGAUCUCCGAUCUGAGUAUCCUGCUGUGCAGUUUUGGAGGUUUUAUAAUAGAAAUGGACCCUAAAUGGCCCUUAGCCAAUAAACAAAUACACAGGAAAUUGACCCCUACUGUGACAUCAGUGCUUUUAGCAGGAGAUGCACAGCAGCACAGCAGGGGAUUGUCGUGCCAAACAUUUCUUAAACUAGGCCUUUAAGAAACAUUGAAUAAUAUCUUCGGUUCGACUCGGGGGCGUUCGUUCAGGAUGAUAAAAUUUGACCUACAUUUUUUGAAAAUGGGAAAACCUACAAAUUUUUAUGUAGAAGUAGAUUGGGAAAUCGAAACUGAACUACACGGAAUCGUAAUCGUUAGUUUAAAUAAACAUGAAAUGUAUUAGAAACAAAAAUCUGCUCCUGGACAAAUACACUUUCCUCAUUUUAUUGAAAAAAAUUACUUUCAGAUAAAAUGUGCUCACUUUAAAGCUGCACUCUCACAGAUUUGCCAUGUUUACAACUUUUUUUUGUCUUGGAAAGAGCAGGUUUUGUGCGUAAAUAUCUGUAAACCAAUGAUAUAAGGUUGCUGACAAAAAAUCAGAUCGUAGAUUUUCAUAUUUCCGUUAGAAAAAUAAUGUUAAUGGCUUAAACCGUCACUAACGGUGUAAGAAAAAUGCAUAAAACAUACUUUUUUGAACUUAAAUAUAAAAAUCUGCGAUCUGAUUUCUGCAAUUAGCGCCCAAAAUCGGCCCAUAAAAUGAGAGUUUCUAUGGAUUUUCGCAAAAAAAUGGCUCGUUCCAAGACAAAAAAUAAAAAGUUGUCAAUACAUUCAAUCUGUGAGAGUGCAGCUUUAAUAAUUGCAAUUGGUUUUUACAAGACUCAGGGACUUCAUAAAAUAUUUUCCAUGUGUUCUAACUUCAUCUACCUCAAUUUUUAAAUUAAUAUAAAUUUCUAUGUUUAUGUUUACAUCUUUAUAUUUAUAUUUAUAUUUACAUAUGUUUUAGAUGUCUCACGACACUUAUUUUAGCUGAACAUGUAUUCAUAUAUUUAAACUCGAUAUAAGUUGUUGUUGUUGUUGUUGUUGUUGUUGCUGAUGUUGCUGAUGUUGUUGUUGCUGUCGUCUUAUCUAAACUGAUGGUUCUUAUGAAAAAUUAUGGUUUUGUGAGAAAUGUUCGAUUAAACAAAGUUGUGGUAUUGUAGGAAUUGUUCCUUUUAACAAAGAAAUGUUUGGUUUAACAGUUAUUGCAUUGUUAUAAAUGUUCGUUGUUAGAAUUGUUCGAUAAGUUAUGGUAUUGUAAAAAAAAUGGUUUAAGUUUACAAAGACUUAAGUUAUGGUAUUAUAAGACUUGUUUGUUUUACAAAGUUAUGGCAUUGUAACAAAUGCUCGUUUUAACAAAUUUAUGUUAUUGUUAGAUUUGCUUUCACCUUUCAUAUUUUAUGUGUUCAUUGUCAAAAUAUUACUUAUAAUAUUUAUGAUAUAAAACUGUUGCUGGUUCAAUAAACGUUUAACAAUG